AUGUCAAGUCACUGCGGUCUGUGGUCAACCCGGAUGUGUGCAAGAUCCGGAACAUUGGCAUCAUGGCCCACAUCGACGCGGGAAAGACCACCACCACGGAGAGGAUGCUUUACUACUCUGGCUAUACCAGAGCACUGGGAGAUGUGGACGACGGAGACACAGUGACCGACUUCAUGGCUCAAGAGCGCGAGCGUGGAAUCACCAUCCAGUCGGCGGCAGUUACGUUUGACUGGAUAGGCCACAGAAUCAACCUGAUCGACACCCCAGGUCACGUGGACUUCACUCUGGAGGUAGAGCGGGCUCUUCGCGUUCUCGACGGGGCUGUGGCCGUGUUCGAUGCAUCUGCAGGCGUCGAGGCUCAGACUUUGACUGUGUGGAGGCAAGCUGAGAAGCAUCACAUCCCGUGUGUUUGUUUCCUCAACAAGAUGGACAAGCCUGCAGCCAACCUCAGUUUUUCCAUUGAGAGCAUCAGGCAGAAGUUAAAAGCCAACCCAGUCCUCCUUCAGAUUCCAGUCGGCACAGGCAAGAAUUUCUCCGGCGUAGUUGACCUGUUGACCAAUCAGAGGCUGGCGUGGAAGCUGAACGAGCGGGAGGACGACGGGCGCGUUUUUGAGGUCAAACCUGUCAGCGAGUGGAAGGAGCCGGAGCUGGUGCAGGAGGUCCGCCAGGCCAGAACCGCUUUAAUCGAGCAGGUUGCAGAUUUGGAUGAUGAGUUUGCGGAGGUGCUGCUGACAGACUUCGGUGACAAUUUUGAUGACGUUCCUUCAAUCAAACUCCAAGAGGCCCUGAGAAGGAUCACUUUGGAACGUAAAGGAGUCCCGGUGCUCUGCGGCAGCUCUUUACGCAAUAAAGGUGUUCAGCCUCUCAUGGACGCCAUCGCCGCCUUCCUGCCCGCCCCAGACGAGCGGCCCCAUGACCUGGUGCGCUGGUACAAGGACGACUUGUGCGCUCUGGCCUUUAAGGUUCUCCACGACAAGCAGCGCGGCCCUCUGGUCUUCCUCCGUAUCUACUCGGGGACGCUGAAAGCCCAGACGGCGCUCCACAACAUCAACAGGAACAGCACCGAGAGGAUGAGCAGACUUCUCGUGCCGUUUGCUGACCAGCACGUGGAAAUCCCCUCCUUGACGGCAGGAAACAUCGCUCUGACUGUCGGACUGAAGCAGACGGUAACAGGAGACACCAUCGUCUCAUCCAAAGCGUCGGCCGCCGCUGCCGCCCGCAGGUCACAGAAGGAGGGCAAGUCGGGAAAGGGGCGUGACCAACAAACCGACGUGGUCCUUUCAGGGGUGGAGGUCCCCGAUCCGGUCUUUUUCUGCACCAUUGAGCCACCCACCAUGUCCAAACAAGCCGACCUCGAGAACGCACUGAGCAACCUCCAGAGGGAAGAUCCCAGUCUGAAAGUCAGGAUUGACCCGGAUUCUGGACAGACUAUCUUGUGUGGGAUGGGGGAGCUGCACAUCGAGAUAAUCCACGAUCGCAUCCGGCGGGAAUACGGCAUCGAGACUCACCUGGGCCCUCUCCAGGUGGCGUACAGGGAGACUAUCCUCCACCAUGCCUCUGCUGCAGACACACUGGACCGCAUGGUAGGCGAGAAGAGACACGUGGUGACGGUGGAGGUGGUUGUCCAACCGGACGACAAGUCGCCUCAAGUGGCGUUUGCGGAAGAAGCCGCCGAGACUCUGUCUGCAAACGUGCGAGAGGCGGUGGAGAACGCCGUGCACAGCUCCUAUCUCCAAGGUCCGCUGCUGGGCUACCCUGUACAGGGCGUGUCCACCCUAAUCCAAAGCGUCAACACAGAACCAGGAACGUCCUUGGCCAUGGUCUCUGCCUGCGUGUGCCGCUGCACGCUGAAGGCCCUGAGGCUCGCCGGGGGACAGCUGCUGGAGCCCGUCAUGUCCCUGGAGGUGACAAUAGGGGAGGAACACCUCGGCACCGUGCUGGGCGACCUGGCCCAGAGACGAGGGACGGUCCGGGACGUCCAGAGUCGUCACGACGACAAGGUGCUGCUGGCCAGCGUGCCGUUGGCGGAGACAAGGGGUUAUUCCACCGUCCUGCGGACACUGACCUCAGGGAAGGCCACCUUCUCCUUGGAACUGGACACCUACGAGGCCAUGAGCCCACAGGACCAGAACAUACUCCUAAGACGCAUGUCUGGUGUGCUGUGACCACAUAAACUUCCACAGUCUUGAUCACGGUACUAUUCAUGAUUCCCUUGUACUCGUGAGGACAGUAGCUGGAAAAAAGCGGCUCGGCAGGAAUACCGCGCCUUAAAUGAUAAGAAAAUCUAUGUAGAGUAUUUCCACAUACUUGGUGAAUGCACGGUUGGUUGCUACUCACUCGACCAUGCGACAGCGGUGCAAGGACAGUCGGCUGUAGGCGUCGCUGAUGUCCGUCACGGUCUUGGCGCUCCACAGACGCUCCGCCACAGCGCUGGCCCGAGGCCUACAAAGGAUCAGGGUGGUCAUGUGAUCAAUUAUUUAAAUUUCAUCAUCAUGUAAAAUUUGAAAGUGGAUUGGUUUUGAAAGGGACAUUUCUUCAUAUUUUAAGAUCGCAAUAAACCUCUUCUUUGGUACUGAAGA